AUGGAAAAGACAGUGUUCUACUAUUUUAACCUAAAAGCUCUGGGCGAGGGGGUUCGGUUGUUGCUAGCCUAUGGAGGUGAAGAAUUUGAAGAUCACCGUGUUAGUCAGGAAGAUUGGCCAGAAUUGAAACCAAAGACCCCAUUUGGGCAGCUGCCAAUGCUCGAUAUGGGCGGCAAGAGGUAUGCGCAGAGUGGCGCCAUAUGCCGUUACCUCGGCCACAAGUACGGCCUCGCCGGCGCCAAUUUAGAGGAGGACCUGCUCAUCGACCAGAGCUACGACUUCGUGAACGACAUCCGUGUUAAGGCCGCGACGGUGUGGUACGAAGCGGAUGAGGCGGCGAAAGCGAAGAAGCAAGAGGACUUCGCUAAGAACCAGUAUCCCUUCCUGCUGAAUAAACUCGACGAGCUGAUUAAGCAGAACAACGGACAUCUCGCCCUGGGAAAGCUCACGUGGGCCGAUUUCGCUUUCACCGGCAUGUUCGACUACUUGAAGACGAUGCUGCAAAUGCCCGACUUGGAGGAGAAGUAUCCAAGCUUCAGGGAACUCAAAGACAACGUCCUUUCCCUGCCCAAGGUCAAGGAGUUCUGCGCCAACACGCCGAAGCCAGUGCUCAAUAUC